AUGAACAGUCGCAGUAGUGUAAAUGAAACGAAUUUGGUGAAUUUUUCGGCGGAUCUCACAACCCUUAAUCAAUUGGACACAAAAGACGGUCUCCUUAGCUUUCCAUUUGAUCAUAUCUACGCUUGUCACUCGGAAACCGCCGAUCGUAGAUCGCUGCAAUUGGAAAAGGAAGUUGAAAUCUCUACUCAUUGUGCUGUCACAGAAGACAAAAGUUUAAGUGCUGAAGUUGAGGUCAGUCGUCUCUCUGAAAAGUUAGCAGCAGCUGAGGGCCAGAACAAGAGAUUAAAAGAUCUUCUUAUCUAUCAUUUGGAUCUGAUACAACAGCAGAACGACCUCCUUUCAAAGAGAGACAAGUUGUACCAAGCAUUGAGACAAGAGAAUGAUUCUCUUAAGUCUAGAUUAAACGAGAAGAAACUACCAAGCAACCUACGGCAUACAGUCAAUACACCCGUGGUGCCCGCAUACGGCCCAACCUCAACUGUCACGUCAACUGUCGUUAGCGGCGAAGCUGAUGGCGCAUCACAGAUUAUGCUGAACAGUUUCACGGAGUUACUACUGCCUGACAACAGGACUAAUUCUUAUCUUUUCGACGGUGAUCUGAGCAAACAGAAACUUUUCGCGCAGGAUACCUUUGAAAUACCCAGGUCUUCGGAGACAGAUGUAACUAACUUCAUCCCGACGGAUUUGGGAGCUUCGAUACUGGACAGCAAGUUAGGCUGUGACAAGUUCACCAUGAUUGAGAACAAGCGGUCCUAUGUCAAGAAGGAGGUCAAGAGUGAGCCCAGACAGGAUGCACUGUACACGGUCACUUCAAGCAGUGGCAAACCAGUGAUGCAAAGAAUACAGAGGAACAGGCGGAGACAGUCCACGGGUAUUGGGAGCCUCAGUCGGAUGUCUAAAAGUUCCGCUGUGAAAGUGGAACUACCUGAGAGCAGUAAAAUGUUUGAUGAUGACAAGACAUAUGAAAGGACAUUCAGCCUCAACAAAAAGUCCAAAAUGAUCAGCACUUACGGCAAAGCCAGGGGCGGAGCGGCCAAGAAAACGGCCCAGUUCACCGGUUCCCUGUCAGAUCGUCUUCACCUGAUGGACACUACGCCAAAGGGUGAAGAUCCUGCCAGGGGCGGAGUGGCCAAAAAGACGACCCAGUUCACCGGUUCCCUGUCAGAUCGUCUUCAGCUGAUCGACACUACGCCAACGGGGGAAGAUCCUUACCAGUUGGGCGAGGCCGACAUGAGGGAACAGUCUCCAAUACCCAAGCUGAUGCUGCAAAAGACCAAUCAUGGGAGGAUGAAGAUCUGCUCCGAGGCGGGAAUGACGAACACUGCUCGACGGAUCUACGACACCCCGGCAACGGAGACCAGUACAAAGUCCAAAUUAAAAAUGGAUAGGUAUAACCUCUCAAGUACAUACAUACCAAACAUAAAGAAGGAGCCAAAAACUAUAAUAGUGGAGGAACCGGACCUAGACAUCGUCAAGACAGAGCCGGAGAUCGACUGGCGGACUUACGGCACGAGUAAACAAAGGACGGAGACAAGUCUGUGCGAUUUCUCAUACGGGGAGAACCCAAACAACCUUGCCUCGCAUAUACUGCCCUCGAUCGACUCUGUGGAGUUCCAAGAGUUGUUCUCUACUGAUGGGUUGAACCUAGAUAACCUAAACCCGGUCGAGUACCACACAGCUACAGAGAACAAAACCACGACGGAGAAGACUAAGAAGAGAGGGGCGAGGGCCACCAGUCUAAUGGGUACUGCGGAGGUUCCGCCUCCCGGUGAAGGCACCUCAGGGUCCAUGCCCGUUGAAGGUCUAGGACCCCCGAUCAAACGUGGAGGAGAAAGCAAGCGUGGGCGGAAACGGGCACACUCCACGACAGGACUGGCUAAAGUACCCAAGCUAAAGCCUCCACAGAAACCAAGGCUACCUAGAGGAAGAGCCGCUUGCCGCGGGAAGAGGUCACCGGUGCCGGGGAUGAUGACCCGGAGGCCGUAUCACACGCAAGUUGGAGACCCAGAUCUCUCUUGGUACCUUGGCCUGGACCCAGAUCUCAAGGCCGAAGAUGUCGACCCGCCCGCCGAUUGCAAACUCUCCACCGUCGAGGUGCCGCGGUGGAGGGAGAAGCCGUACACGAGCUGUUAUACGAUGGAGGGCACCGAGAACGUCGACGACCGCGUCUUCGAAAAACGUCACCAAAAGCUUGAGGCUGAGGAAAGACGGCAACUCAGGUGGCACAUGCGUCGGGUCCGGGAACAAAGGCACGUGGAGAGACUCCGGCAAAGACAGCGCGCGAGCUGGGCGCAAAGACCUGCGGUGUUCUCAGUAUGGCCCCGGCCCCAUGCGGAUGCACGCUAUAUAGAAAUCACCGACACGUUGCCGGUCAUGGCGUUCGGCGAGCCAAUGCCGGAUCUACCUUGCAAAGACUUCAUGCUGCCGUGGGUGAGGACUUCUAAGGCGCUGAAGAGAUCAAAAAGAUCGAAGACGCUGCAUUAG